AUAGUCAUUAUAUACCGGAUAUACGGCAACGUCGCAACCGUUAAGUACAUAAGGGCGAGAGCGGGCUUUUGCAUGAAAAAGUUUAGGGUGGGAGGUGAAAGAAGUGGCAACGUUUCAAUUCAAAUCUGCCAGAUUCCAAUUCCUCACCACACUGGCUGUCUUCGGUUUAGAUGCAUGUGCACAGACUUUACGUUCGUAGACAAAACAGUUAACAGUUACACACGGUUUUGUUGUUGUUUAUAUGUAUAUGUAACAUAUAUACAUACACAUAUAUAUUUAUAAUUAGUGUACAUAGAUAUAUAGAGACUUUAAAAUAUACUUACCGUAUAUUACAUCACUAAUUAAGUUUUUUCGUGACAUCGCGUCAUUUUUUUCUCGUUGGCGCAAAUAAAAAAUUAACUAUAAAAAAAGGAUACAUACAAAAAUUUUUUUCGCGCAUGCGGGGCGUCAGGACGCGCACUCUUGUGUUUUUUUUCACUACCACUACGACCACUAUCACUACUACAACUACAAUGAUAUCAACACCAUGUACUAUAGUCUGGUAUAGACUAUAAACUAAUUCUAUUAUAAUUUGUGUGGUACCGAUAGGCUGCAGGCUGGCAAACGGACACACAUGAAAAGUCAUUGAAACAGAAGAAAGUCUACAAGGAAAAAAAUUUUAAAAAGAGAGAGAAAGAGAGAGAGAGAGAGAACAAUGUGUUCAGUGUGGAUUGACUUACUGGUGUUAGCGGGUCUCUGAUGAUGAUGUUGAUGAUUUUACUGCUCAGUUAAUGAUUAUUAUCAUUAUUAGUAUCAGUACUGUUUAAUUGCCGAGUGUUGAUGUGUAUAGUGUUGUGUGCCAGGUGCAAAUGUGUACUGGCGAGUAAGUGUACCAUACACGUGAAUUAUGUGUAUGGAUGUACAGUCUAGCGAAAUGGGUGACAGGAGUUUUGAUGAGGAUGUACAGAUCGUGAGGUGUCACGUUGAGAAAAGGACUUUUGACGAGGUACCUGUUAAACAAGAGCGUCCAGAUGAAGCGGAAAUCCGGGAAUUGGCUGCCAAAAUGGUGGAAGCAAACAAGGCGAAAAUGCAGGCAAUGCCUCCAGCAACGCCGAGACCAGCAAAUCCACAGGCAAAUUUACCCGGAAUACUUGGUUAUUUAACGCGUAAACCAACUGAUGGAUCAACUGGAACAACACCACCGGUAGCCAAAUCACCGUCUGUUCAAGACGGUAAAUUACCGCUUGAUGAUGAAAGUCAGCGCGGUAGAUUUGGUUGGGUGUCAUUUGAAAAAAUUCACAUACCAUAUAUAUUUCGUGGUAGUGAAAAAUAUUGUGCUGUUAGGAUACUUGAAGCCAAGCUACUAAAUAAGUACCUGAAUUAUCUUCACUCAGAUAUUUACAGUUGUACAUGUAUUAAAAGUUACUUUAUAACUGAAGCUGAGAGUAAAUUAUUUAAUGAAAUAAAUAAUAAACAUUGUGAAAAUCAAUUCGGCAAGGAACAAUUUACGUGCAAAGAUUUAGUUGUACGUCUAUCGGACGCUAAAGAAUUUUACACAUUUUUAGAUGUAUGUUAUACUAAGUUAACAAGUAACAGUGUUAUUGGUAAUAAUAGUGGUGGUAAUAAUAAUGGACAUAAUAAAAAUGAUAAAUGUGGAUUCAUACGUAUUAAUAAAGAAUCUGUUGUUCCAUAUACAAUAAAAGAUAAUUUAAAAUACGUACCGUUAUUUUAUUUUGAAGGUGAAACGGACAAUUUAAAAUUAAAAGCUGAAAAAUUAGAGGGAUGGGAUUUAUCAUAUUUAAAAUUUUGUUGUAAAGUACAGGGUAUACGUAAUGAAUUAUUUGCUAGUGAAACAUGUUCUGUUAUAAGUUUAAGCGAUAUUAAAAGUUAUUUUCCACCUGGUACUGGUUUUGAAGACUAUUGGCCUAGUAAAGUUAUGGACUCGCAGCUAUUUGUUAAUGGUAAAAGUGGUGCUAGUGCUGGUGGAUGGACUAAACAACCACCAGCUCCGCCAGCAAGUAUUAUCGGCAAACAAUUACAAGUUCAAAAUAAUUCAACUUCAAAAUCAUCGUCUUCAUCACAGCUAACAUCACGAUCCUCUGCUGGUUUACAAAAUAUACCAGCGACACGUAAUAGCAAUACUGCUAAUGCAACCACAUUACAGUCAGUAGUUAAUCAAUCAUCAAGAUCCGUUGUUACAACACAUCCAGCUCAUGUAUCAUCAAAUACUCUGUCUGGUGGACGAUCUGCUGCUGCUGCUGCUGCUAAUAAUGCUCAACCUUUGCUCAGUUCAUUAACAACUGCUGUUAAUGGAUGGACUGGAUUAGUUGGUGGACAACCAACAUUUCAAACUGCUAUCGUACCUCAAACAAAUGCCGUUAUAAGAAUGCAAAAUUCACCACUUAUACAUAAUAAUAUCUCUUCAUCUAAGGCUUAUCAACAGCAAUCAAGAAGUCGAGCUGGAGGUAAUGGUAGUACGGCACCUGGCCAGUAUCCAGUUUACCCGGUUACAACUAUUCAAACAAUUCCACAAGCACAAUCGACUUUACGAGCAACUGUGCACUCCAAUCAACCUAAUCUUGGGGUUGGUUCAACAUACACAACAUCAAGUCUAACGAACCCGAAUGUUGUGGCAGCAAGUACCUAUCCUCAAAUGUUAAAUUUGAGUCAAGAACAGGUGCAGGCACUUUUACACCCACAAACGUCAGCGGCAUCAGCGUUAUUGUCUCAUUCACAGAGGCAUACACCGCCUGCGCACAAUGCACACAAUAAUGCGCAUCCAAAACCUGCGGCAUAUCCACCACCACUUAUUCCAGUCAAUGGUAAUUCGAAUAAUGCGAGAGAUUCACAUGGUAGAAAACACUUGAUAACUAUACCAGAUGCAAUGAUAUCAGCAUCGUCUCACGUCCAACCUUAUGGAAUACAAAAAGCACUUGUCGAAGAAAAAUUAGUGCCCUGUAUUAAUUUCAAACCUUAUAUUUAUUCCGAAUUGUUAAUGACAUUACCGGAUUUUGUAUCGCAAUAUUUUCCAGCAUGUGAUAUUAAUAAUUGUCGACAAGUCAUUACGGAGGUACUUGGUCUUGAUUUAUAUCAAGGAAAUAGAUUGCAAAUGAAGAAACUAUUAGAAGCUGGUAAAUGUUCAUCCCUAAGUGAAGAAUUGCCAUUAAUCCACGUGCGAAACAUAAUGAAAUACAUGCCUCAAAUGAAAUACAUGUUUCGAAACAUGACAAUGCCACCGACAACAGCUCAUUCAAAUGAAGAGCAUCCAUCAAAAAAACGACAACGUACAAGCUAGGAUUGGCUCCAGCCUUACUGGCCCACUUACGAUUACUACCAUUCGGCAUUUUAAUAAUAAUGAAAUAAUAAAUAAUAACGACAACAAUAAUAAUAAUAAAAAAUCAAUAAACAAAAUAUAAUUAAAAGUGUCGUUUGUCAAGUGUCGCGUGUGGUAAAGUGGCACGUGCUGUGUUUACGUAUUUAGAAAAUCAAUUUUUUUUUUCUUAUGUUGAUUUACUUAAUUAUUUAUAUUUAUUACUGAAUAAAAAUAAUAUUGACUCAAUUAAAAAAUAUAUGACAUUUAAAUAGACAUAAAUAUUAAUUUGUAAAGAACAAGUAGUGCGAUAAUUAUUAAAAUAAUUUAAAAAAAAAAAAAAAACAGUUCGUGCCUGCACGUAAGGCUUUUUUUAACACCAACGAAACGUCGCGACAUGGAAAAUGCUGCUCUCAUCUUCACAUUAUUGACUGAAAUAAAUAAUAAAAAAUAAAUAAAUUAAUUAAUUAACUAAAUAAAAAUAAAAGUAAGCAAAUAAAUAAAAUAAUAAUUAAUAUUAA